AUGGAGCGGCAAUUAUCGAGAACAUCGUCAAAAGAGUCACUAAAUCAAUCGAUGGAUGAGAUUGCACAACAAGUAAAUCAACUGAUGAGUCGAUCAAAUUCACCUUCAUUGCUGCAACAACUGGAGCCAAGUACAACAACUACACAGCAGGCUGUUGAGCAAACUACACCGAUGACUCCUCAGUCUUAUACGCCUUCUGCAGUACCUGUUCCAACAAGCUCAGCUAAUAAUUCUGAUACGGACAGUUCUAAUGGAAGUUUUGAAAUCAUAUCACAUACCGAACUUGUCUUGCAAGAUAUCCAACCAUCGCAAGAACAAAUAAACGAACAGAUCAUACAAGCACAGCAGCAACAAGCGUCCAAUUCAUCUUCAUUGCCGCAACAAUUAAAGCCGAUUUUAAAGCAAAGUACAGAUGACAGUUCUGAAUGCAAUACGGAUUGCAGUGGUGAUAUGGAUGACUCGUAUGCUGGAGACAUAAAUCUUGAAAACAUAGACGUUAAUUUGCCAGUUGUUGAACAAACUACAUCGAUAAUUUCUCACCCUUGUAUGCCUCCUGCAAUACCUGAUCCAAGCUCAACUAUUAAUAAUUCUGAUACGGAUGAUAAUUGUGGUGGAAAUGUAGAUCUUGACAACAUGGAUGUUAACUCACUAGAUGUGCAACAAUCAUUGCCGCAAUCGGAGUUAAAGCAAUCAGAUUCGACUUUAAAGGAAUUGAAUUUGAUCUUAAAUCUAAGUACAGCAAGUACGCAACCAACUGUUGAACAAACUACACCGACAAUUUCUCAGCUUUGUAAGCCUCCUACAGUAUUUGCUCCAAGUUCAACUAAUAAUGAUUCUGAUACAGAUAGCUACUCUGAUUUGGAUGACAUUUAUUAUGAAACAGAUGACGAUGAUUCUGAUAUGUAUGUAGACAUGUCUGAUGGAGACGUAAAUCUUAAAAACAUGGAUGUUAAUUUGCCAGCUGUUGUUGAACAAACUACACCGAUAACUUCUCACUCUUGUGUGCCUCCUGCAGUACCUAAUCCAAGUUCAGCUAAUAAUAAUUCUAAUACAAAUGAUAAUUAUGAUGGAAAUAUAAAUCUUGAGAACAUGGAUAUUAAUUCACAAGAUGCGCAACAAUUAUUGCCACAAUCGAAGUUAAAGUUAAUCUUAAAGCAAUUGGACUCGAGUUUAAAGCAGUUGAAUUCGAUUUUAAAUACAAGUACAGCAAGUACGCAAGCAACUGUUGAACAAACUACAUCGAGUACUUCUCAGCUUUGUAUACCUCCUGCAGUAUUUGCUCCAAGCUCAACUAAUAAUGAUUCUGAUAUGGAUGAUAACUAUAGAAAUGUAGAUCUUGAGAAACAAAACAUAGAUGUUAAUUCACAAGAUACGCAACAAUCAUUGCUGCAAUCGAAGUUAAUCUUAAAGCAAUUGGACUCUACUUUAAAGCAGCUGAAUUCGAUCUUAAAUCCAAAUACAGCAAGUACGCAAUCAACUGUUGAACAAACUAUAUCGAUAAGUUCUCAGCCUUAUAUGCCUCCUCCAAUACUUGCUCCAAAUGUAACUAAUAACAGUUCUAAUAUGAAUGUAAAGCCUGCGAAUAUGGAUUUUGACUUUGAAGGUGCUCAAUUAAGAUUGCGAAAGAGGGAAUGUAAUUGUAAGUACUUCUAA